AGCAAAACCAAGAUAUAUAUGUGUGAUUAUAUAUUCAUGGAUUCCAAAAAAGAGCAAAAGCAAUACACUGGCAGAAUAAGCAGUACUACUGCAUCACCCGUUUUCGAGUCGCGCAUAAGCAGUAGUACUAAAGGAAGAGAACCGAUAAAGGUGAAGUACAUAGACAGUCCAGUGAUGGUAAAUGCCAAAAAUGCAACCGAGUUUCGUACCAUCGUUCAACAACUCACUGGAAAAAGCCCUGCAAGUUCAAGUGUCAAAGAACCUUUGUCUCAAGAGAUUGAUAACAAUAAUGUCGAUUAUGAGUUAUUCUGGGAAGAACUUUCUGAGGGCAUAUUUGAUUCAGGCACUUUUGGAUCCAGUGGCGGUUGUUGGUCGAGGCUCCAGGCUUAGGAGGUCAUUGAGGUAUCUGCACGACGUUCGCAGGCUUUAGCUCUCCUUCUUAUUCUUCAGUUGUGUUUCAGUUGCGCCUUUAGACAUUAUAAUAGACUAUGUAUUUUUCCUAGAUGCU